AUGGAGAGAGCACCGAUAAAGGGACCUCUGCGGUCGCACAUGAAAGAGAAGCUGCGUGUCAUGUGUCUGCACCGCGUGCGCGCCAAUCGCGACCGCCUGCUCUGGGACAUGCGCGCGUCUGCUUCCCCUUCCGCCUCCGUGCACGUGCCCCUCGCCUCAUAUUCCGCCAUCCACUCCCCGCUGUCCCCCAGCUCCCUCUCGCUCUCCAAACCACAAUCGCGCACCUCAACCUCCUCCCUCUCGUACUCUCACUCCCUCUCUCACUCCCACUCGCCCUCCUCGCUCUCCCAGCCUGCUGUCUCCUCCGCUCCCUCGCCCUCUUCCCUUGCCGCUCUCCACCCUCUCCUCUCCGUCCAACCGCACCCAACCACGUCAGCAGCGCUCGUGUGCAUGGGCGCGCAGCAGCCGGGGGGAGCAGGUCGAGCGGAGUCGUGCUGGCAAGCAGACGCGCGAGUGCGCAGUGAGGGCGGUGAGCGCGAUGGGGGGAUGGAGCGCGGUGAGGAGGGUGAGCGCGGUAGGGAGGGUGAGAGCGAUGGGGGCGUGCGGGACGGCGAGCGCAUGGAGGGCGUGGCGAUGGCGAUGGGCGAGCGCUGGGCAGGGGAGGGGCACGCAGGCUCUGGCGGGGUUUCUGCUGGGCGGAACGAGGGGUCGAGGGGGGCGCAGUUAGACUUGGCGCAUGGGAUGGGCGCGGAGGGGCGAGGGGCGCGGCCAGAGCUGCGGAGAGUGCUGUUUGGGGAGCUGCAGCGGCUGCGGGGCGGAUGUGAUGAUGUCAGCCGUGAUGGUGGUGGUGGUGGCAUGGGGCACGCCACAGCGCUGGAGCACGAAACGGAGUUGCAUAAUGCGGUGGCAGGGAGGGGCGAGCACAAAGUCCGCCACCCCUCCCCUCGGGUAUGUGAUGCGGGGUGCCAUGGUUUGCUGCUGCUGGACAUGCAGACGGCGCUCUAUGAGCAUGAUGAUGCCCACCUGGAUCCGCCCCGCUGGGGCCAUUGGAGCAUGGAGGAGGAGGAGGCAUACCAGCAGGGCAUGGAGGAUGCUGAGAUCAUGGCGGCACUCGCUUAUCAGCAGGAGGCGACGGUGAUCUGCCCGCUGUGCAAGGCGCAUUCCCUGCACAUGCACGGCGCCACCAUUGAGUGCUCCUGCGGCCUCUUCUCCCUCCACACACACCACGACCACGUGACAUUAGAGCAUCUGGCAGCGCGGCUGCAGGAGGUGACGUGGCAGCACGCCGUGGACUGCCCUGCGCUGCCCUCCUUCACGCUCCACAGGAGCCACGGCGUCACCGCCCUCCUCGCUCACUGCUCUGCAUGCCCCUUCUUUGAAAUAGUGCUGUAG